GGUUCACGGUAGCGUUCAAAUCCUCUCCGCGUGCUCAUACUCUCAGAAGGAACCCAGUCUCCGGGAGAAGGGCGGGUGUGGGCCCGUGCGGCGCCCUCCCCCUCUCGACGGGGAGCCGGUGGGAGAGGACGACGGCCGGCGGGGGGAGGAGGAGGCGGCCCUAGCGCCAUUUUGUGGGAACGAAGCGGUGGUAGCUGCGCUGCUCUCGGGUCCCGGGCUGCUUCCGUCUCCCCGUCGGGCUCCCUAGCAGCGGCCUAGCGGAACAACAAGGGAAGAUGUCGGAGUACAUCCGGGUCACGGAAGACGAGAAUGACGAGCCCAUUGAGAUCCCGUCCGAGGACGACGGCACCGUGCUGCUGUCCACCGUGACGGCCCAGUUCCCCGGCGCCUGCGGGCUGCGCUACCGGAACCCCGUGUCGCAGUGCAUGCGGGGCGUGCGGCUGGUGGAGGGGAUUCUGCACGCCCCCGACGCCGGCUGGGGGAACCUGGUCUACGUCGUCAACUACCCCAAAGAUAACAAGAGAAAAAUGGACGAGACAGAUGCUUCGUCAGCAGUGAAGGUGAAAAGAGCAGUUCAGAAAACAUCUGACUUAAUAGUGUUGGGACUCCCGUGGAAAACAACUGAGCAGGAUCUCAAAGAAUACUUCAGCACCUUCGGAGAAGUUCUCAUGGUGCAGGUCAAGAAAGAUAUUAAAACUGGCCAUUCCAAAGGGUUCGGCUUUGUUCGUUUCACGGAGUAUGAGACCCAGGUGAAAGUCAUGUCCCAGCGGCACAUGAUAGAUGGUCGAUGGUGCGACUGCAAACUUCCUAAUUCUAAGCAAAGCCCCGACGAGCCCCUGAGAAGCAGGAAGGUGUUUGUGGGCCGCUGCACGGAGGACAUGACUGCCGACGAGCUGCAGCAGUUCUUCUGCCAGUACGGGGAGGUGGUGGACGUGUUCAUUCCCAAGCCCUUCCGAGCCUUCGCCUUCGUCACAUUUGCAGACGAUCAGGUUGCCCAGUCUCUUUGUGGAGAAGACUUGAUCAUUAAAGGAAUAAGCGUCCAUAUAUCCAAUGCCGAACCUAAGCACAAUAGCAAUAGGCAGUUAGAAAGAAGUGGAAGAUUUGGUGGUAAUCCAGGUGGCUUUGGGAAUCAGGGUGGCUUUGGUAACAGUCGAGGGGGUGGAGCUGGCUUGGGGAACAAUCAAGGUAGUAAUAUGGGCGGGGGGAUGAACUUUGGUGCUUUCAGCAUUAAUCCAGCCAUGAUGGCCGCGGCCCAGGCAGCACUGCAGAGCAGUUGGGGUAUGAUGGGCAUGUUAGCCAGUCAGCAGAGCCAGUCGGGUCCUUCGGGCAAUAACCAAAGUCAAGGCAACAUGCAGAGGGAGCCCAACCAGGCCUUUGGCUCUGGCAAUAACUCCUACAGUGGCUCUAAUUCGGGCGCAGCGAUUGGUUGGGGAUCAGCAUCCAACGCAGGGUCAGGCAGUGGUUUUAAUGGUGGCUUUGGCUCAAGCAUGGAUUCGAAGUCUUCUGGCUGGGGAAUGUAGACCGUGGGCUGUGGUUGGUUGGUUAGAAUGGUGGGAAUUCAAUUUUUUCUAAACUCAUGGUAAGUAUAUUGUAAAAUACAUAUGUACUAAGAAUUUUCAAAAUUGGUUUGUUCGGUGUGGAGUAUAUUCAGCAGUAUUUUUGACAUUUUUCUUUAGAAAAAAAGGAAGAGCUAAAGGAAUUUUAUAGGUUUUGUUACAUAAAGGGUUGAAAUAUUGAGUGGUUGAAAGUUGAACUGCUGUUUGCCUGAUUGGUAAACCAACACACUACAAUUGAUAUCGAAGGUUUCUCCUGUAAUCUCUUAUCCCUGGACUUGUCAAGUGAAUUCUUUGCAUGUUCGAAGUGGAAACCAUUGGUUUAGAACUACAUUCUUUUCUCCUUGUUUUCAUUUGAACCCCACCAUACGGAUUUUUUCCUUAGGAAAGUCUUCCUCUCGGGAGAUCAUGGUGUCACGCAGUGUUUGGUUCUUUUGGUUUUGUUUUUAACACUUGUCUCCCCUCAUACAAAAGUGCGAUAUGAAGCCUUCAUUUAAUCUCUGCAGUUCAUCUCAUUUCAAACGUUUGUGGAAGAAGCACUUCACUGAACGUAGUGCUGUAAACAUUCUGCCAUAGGAAUACUUGUGUCUACAGCUUUCUCUUUCAAGAAUUGGUCGUCACGCCGCGCGGGCUGCGUCUCUGACGGUGGGUGUCCCAUUUUUAUCCAGUACUCUUUAUUUCAUGGAGUCGUAUCAACGCUGUGAACGCAAGGCUGUGAUAUGGAACCAGAAGGCUGUUUGAACUUUUGAAACCUUGUGUGGGAUUGAUGGUGGUGCCAAGGCAUGAAAGGCUAGUAUGAGCGAGGGAAGGAGAGCGCGUGCAGAGACUUGGUGGUGCAUAAUGGAUAUUUUUUAUCUUGGCGAGAUGUGUCUCUCAAUCCUGUGGCUUUGGUGCGAGAGUGUGCAGAGAGCAAUGAUAGCAAAUAACGUACGAAUGUUUUUUGCAUUCAAAGGACAUCCACAUCUGUUGGAAGACUUUAAGUGAGUUUUGUUCCUAGAUAACCCACGUUAGCUGAAUGUGUUAAGUGAAACGAUACUUGUAUCCCCUGCCCCUUUGUCAACCGCUGUGAAUGCUGUAUGGUGUGUGUUUCUCCUGUUACUGAUCGGCAAGUGUGGUCAUGUGAACUGAAGCUGCUGGGGUGAGAACAUGGACUGAGCUUGUGCUGUGCUUUGCAGGAGUACUUGGGAGCAGAGUUCCCCAGGGAGCUCAGGUGGCUCCAAGAAGGGUGGAAGUUCCAAUGUCUGUUAGCUACCCAUAAGAAUGCUGUUUGCUGCAGUUCUGUGUCCUGUGCUUGGAUGCUUUUUAUAAGAGUUGUCAAUGUUGGAAAUUCUUAAAUAAAACUGAUUUAAAUAAUAUGUGUCUUUGUUUUGCAGCCCUGAAUGCAAAGAAUUCAUAGCAGUUAAUUCCCCUUUUUUGACCCUUUUGAGAUGGAACUUUGAUAAGUUUCUUGGCAGUAGUUUAUUUUGCUUCAAAUAAACUUAUUUGAAAAGUUGUCUCAAGUCAGAUGGAUUCACACCUGUCAGGCCUUGACGCCUGACGCCCAGACUUAAUUGCUGUCCAUUCUUGCAUUGUCCAAAGUGAAAAGUGUUUUUUUUCUUCUUUUUAAUCUAGUCUGGGUGCCCGCGCCUCAUGGUAAGCAGUGCCCUCCAGCGUUGUCUCAGUGCCUCUGAUGCUCUCUCUACACGGCCUGUGUGGUCCUCGUUGGGGAAGCAUGACUUUGAACUUUUUAUUUGGGGGCGUGGGCAAAGUCAUAGUGAUUGAUUUCCAGUGCUUUGUAGCAAAGCACAUCAGCUGGAAAGAGGGGAAUCUCAGCACCUUUCUGGUUGGGGAUUUGAAAAGUGGAAUUAAUUGCAAUAGGGAUAAAGGAGAAGAAACCACAAAUUUUCUUGUGCCUAAAAUCCAUUAAGAAGCCUGAUAGCUUUAAAAACUAGCAGGGUGGGUUGUCUGUCAAGUGGAAUGGGCUUUUGUCCGCCAGAGCUGGGGGCGUGUAGUGAUGUUGAGUGAAACCACUUGCAGCACUCAGAUCAGACUCUCACGUGCGUUGUUAAGUAUGUGAAAGCAAUAAUACAUUGAUUCUUGAUUGUACUUUCUAUGUAACUACUGAUUCUCAUUUUCUAAUUGGAAGAUUGUGACAACAUUUGUGUUGGUAGUUUACAUAAUGCCCUUGCCUAAUCAGAUUAUGAUAAAUAGGUUUGUCAUUUUGCAAGUUGUGUGUUUAUAAAUGAAAUCAUCCUUUUAGAUUUUGUGAUCGCCACGUUGUUUCGUUAGUCAGUUGCCUCUGUAAAAGGGUCUUGCGUUGUUUUAAAUUUUUUUUCUGCAUCUGAAUCUGCAUGAUUUCCAAACCCUGUACCAUCUGAAUUUUGCAUUUUAGCAUUUGCACUAUUACUCAGCAGCAGUAACAUGGUAACACUUAAAAUGGUAUUCGGGGACCUCCAAAGACUAAACUGACAGCCUUCAAGGAGCCCAGGGGUAAGUUAACUUGUCAAUGGCAUGGUUUUAAUCCUUAUUUACACUUGUAAAUUAGUUCUUGGUCAUAGCAGGCUUUCACUGUUGAGUAGCCUUUUAUUAACAUGUUUAUGGUACUACAUGGCUGGGGUAUAUAUUCUACCCUACCAGAAAAUUGAAGCUUAGAAGUACUUAAACUACUUGGCAAAGAUUUGUUUUUGAAAGUCUAUUUGGUCAUCUAAAUGCAUUCAUUCUAAAAAAUUUUUGAACCACAGUUGAAUAAAAAUUUUGUUGCCACCAGUUUAGUGUCUGGAGUCUUAAUGGAAAACGUGACCUCUCCUACGUGCUGGAGGUGCUGGACAGUGACUUAGAGGGAAUCUGAAGAAGCUACACUGAAGUGAAACCAGAACUCACAGUGAACUUGUACCUGGAAUUCUGCUGUUUAGCUAGACUGAAGAACUUUAUUAAAUGUUGGCUGUUACAGCUUCUUAGGGAAGAAUGGCUGACUACAGUGAGAUUGCUUGAAGUUAAGGUAGCACUUCAUUUUGUAAGAAAGAGCAGUUUAGCCUCUCAAUAUCAGAUGACGUAUGUGACGCUGAGAAGAGUUUGUUGAGUACUAGCGAAGUAGCUCUUGCCUGUCUGUUCCAGCCCCACUCGGCUGUGCUGUGACUGUGCUGUGGUGCUGGCCUGCCUGUGCCCAAGUAGUCCGUGCUGAUUGUAAGAAGUACAGUGUCGUCACUGUGUUUCCUCUUGUGCCACAUUGGAGUCCAUCUGAAUUUGAACAUUACUUAGCUUAUUUCCAAUUGCUAGCAACAUCCUGAGGGCUAAAUUAAAUUGUUAGUAUUGGAGUUAGAAGGUCAGAGAUUGUGCACGUAGGGGAGGCUUUUGAAAUGUUUGCCAGAUUGUCCUUCAGGAAGUUUGCGUUGACUUUGGCAAUGUGACAUGGUGCUGCUGUGCAGUGCUCCUGCUGUCGGACAGGAGUGAGUGAAAAGUUACAGCUCACGCUUCUGUGCUGCUAGUUUUUAAGCCAGAAGUCAGUGAACUCUUGGGCUAAAGAAUCCGUGUUUCCAGUUACCCAAAAGUGACUUCCAGGUUAUUCCUGAACCAGUCCUGUUCUAAUACAUAAAGCAGUCUCAGAUCAGUAAGAGUUGAAAUCCAGUCAGACAACAGAACAGACGACAGAUGCAAACACCCAGUAGGAAAAGAUGCUGGACUGUGUACGCCAUUAAACGUGAUUCCCCUUGGCUUGGUAGAGGCCGUGCGCAGGCCGCGUGGGACCUGCCGCUCCGCCGUGCUGUGGGGCUCCUCUGCUGUCUGAAGUCCGGAUCAUUGACUGGUUGUCAGCCUCCGGGCGGAGAUCAAGUGUGGCAGUCACUAGCUGAAGAGUUACUGAUUGUGUUCUCGAUCCAGGGGAUGUAGUUCGUGACUUUGGUGUACACCCCAUACUGAGCUGCUCCCCCACAGUCCGGGGAGCCCCAGGACACAAUUCCCCCCACAAACCACCUCUGUGUGUCGUUAUCCAGAAACACUAAGGCCCCUCCACUGUCGCCCCUACAGCUGUCCUUGCCCCCACUUUCUAAGCCAGCACAAAACAUGUUGUCAGUUACCCUCCCCCCUGGGUGGGGGGUUCCUUCAUACGCAGCAACACAUUUUUGCUGGUCCACGACUGGAAUGUCAACAAACAUCAGGUUCCUAGCAAGGAACCCCCUCUGGGUUAACCCCCAUCCAGACACGGUCCCCAGGUCCCCGGGCCUCAGGUGGGAGCCCGUGCCUCUCCCGGGCAGGCAGAUGGGCAUGACGGUGCUGCUGACUCGGACCCUGUCCCUCAGUUUAAUCAGCGCGAUGUCGUUGUCGAAGCCCGCAUCGUGAGCAUAGCCUUC